AUGCGUGUCUCGACUCUUCUCGUGGCCUCGGCGGCCGGCGUCAUGGCCCAGGAUGCUUCUGGCCCUCUCACUGGUUCCCGCGGAAACGCAACUGUUACGCACAACAACCCCGCGAAUUUCACGUAUGUUGCCAUCCUGCCGAGCUCCGCCUUUGCUGCCGGCGCUUUCCCCGAAGGCGGCAACUUCGUGGGCGGCGUCUGGGCGGAAGCCGGCCCGGGCGGCGUCGGCGUCACCUACCGCGUGAACAUUUCCCACCCGCCCAGCACAGGUGGACCCUUCAUGUACCACGUCCACACCCAUCCCGUCCCGCCCAACGGCAACUGCUCCGGCGCUCUUGGCCACCUCGACCCCUACGACCGCAAAGACCAGCCGCCCUGCGACUCCAACCUCAAGGAGACCUGCCAGGUCGGCGACUUGAGCGGCAAGUACGGCGACAUCUCGUCGGAUCCCUACUCCGCCACCUACCACGACCUGUACUCGUCGACGGAUCCCAACAGCGAGUCGUUCAUUGGCAACCGCAGCAUUGUGGUGCACUUUGCCAACACCACGCGCAUUACCUGUGCCAACUUCACCGUGGCGGAGCUUACGCUGACCCCGGCCAACCGCACAACGACCGCACCGACCGGCACCCGCACCGGCUCCGGUGCUGGCUCGCCCUCUAACGAGCCAUCGUCGCGUGUGACCGUGUCGGCUGCUAGCGGGCAUUCCGCUGGCGCGGCUGCUCUGGGUGUCGGUGCGCUCGGCGUGUUGGCUGCCAUGGUCCUGGCUCUUUAA